AUGACAGAAACUAUUCCUCAGCCAGCAGGCUUGCCAUUCCUUGGGAAUGUACUGAAUGUGGAUGCAGAACAUCCUCAGGAAAGCUUCGCCAACAUCGCACAGAUAUAUGGACCUAUCUUCAAGCUGAAGCUCGGUGUAGAGCGUGUCUUCGUUGCAUCCCACGACCUUGCGAUAGACCUUUUUGACGAGAACAAAUUCGAGAAGGCGGUGGCAGGUCCCCUCAAAGAGAUCCGUAACGGCGUGAAGGAUGGACUGUUUACCGCCAACCCAGGUGAACACAAUUGGGAGAUCGCCCACCGUAUCUUGAUGCCAGCUUUUGGGCCAUUGUCGAUUGGCUCAAUGUUCGGCGAGAUGGCCGAUGUUGCUUCUCAGCUUGUGCUCAAGUGGGCUCGAUUUGGUCCCCAGAGUACUAUUGAUGUUACCGAUGACUUUACCAGACUGACUCUUGAUUCUAUUGCAUUGUGCGCCAUGGGCGACCGAUUCAACUCUUUCUACCAUGACGAUAUGCAUCCAUUCGUCAAGGCCAUGGUGGGCUUCCUCUCCGGCUCCGGUGCUCGGGCUCGUCGACCAGCCUUCGCACCCGACAUGCUUUACAGCAAGGCCAAUCAACAGUAUCAGGAUGAUAUCGCCGAGCUUCAGACAGUCGCGAAGGAGCUCCUCAAUGAACGUCGCCGGCACCCUACAGAUAAGAAGGAUCUCUUGAAUGCCAUGAUUAAUGGUAAAGAUCCCAAGACUGGAGAAGGGCUCACAGAAGAUGUCAUCAUACGCAACAUGAUUACCUUUCUCAUUGCUGGUCACGAAACCACGUCUGGAUUGCUAUCCUUCCUCUUCUACGAGCUACUUUCGAACCCCGAGGCCUACAGUGCCGCACAGAAAGAGGUGGACGAUGUAAUCGGCAAGCAAAAGAUCACUUUGGAGCUUUUAUCAAAGCUGCCAUAUCUCAACGCUUGCCUUCGUGAAACCCUGCGCCUCCAUCCGACCGCUCCUGGCUUUGCACUUACUGCUAAGGGAGACCAAUUACUCGGGGGCAAGUAUAGAAUCAAGAGCGGAGAGGUGUGCGUUGCUGUUCUUCCUCUCAUUCACCGCGAUACUGCAGUGUACGGCGAGGAUGCAGAGGCGUUCAAACCUGAGAGGAUGCUCGAUGAGCCCUUUGGCAGACUGCCACCUCACGCCUGGAAGCCAUUUGGUAACGGUAUGAGGGCCUGCAUCGGGAGACCCUUCGCCUGGCAAGAGGCUCUCCUCUGCGUGAGUACCUUGCUUCAAGCCUUCCGGUUCAGUUUCGCCGAUCCUUCCUACAGCCUGCAGAUCAAGACCACCUUGACUAUCAAGCCUGACAAGUUCUUCAUGAAAGCUGAAUUGAGAGACCCAGAUAUGACUGAGGAGCUGAUUGGCAGCAUAGGUGGCUCCUCCUCGCAAGGUCGCAAAGCAAAGAAAGAUCAGCAUCAGGAUAAUGUCGGAGCCGACCCAAAUGCUGACCCCCUUCACAUCUUGUAUGGUUCUAAUACCGGCACUUGUGAGGCUCUCGCACAGUCUCUCAGUUCGACUGCUACCAGACACGGAUACAAUCCCAAGGUUGCGACACUAGACUCAAUGGCGACUGGCCUGCCGAAGAACGAUCCGAUUGUUGUCAUCACUGCAAGCUACGAGGGUCAGCCCCCUGAUAACGCGGCUCAUUUCUGCAACUGGCUGGAGAAAGCCGAUGAGUCGGAUCUUGAUGGCGUCAAAUUCUCUGUGUUUGGAGUCGGAAAUAAGGAGUGGGCAUCCACUUAUCAGCGCAUCCCCAAGGUCGUCGACUCAACUUUGGCCGAGAAGGGUGCAGACCGCCUCAUCGAUCGAUUUGAAGCCGAUGUAACUGAUGGUAGUGUUUUCGACAAGUUCGACAAAUGGCAGGACGAGCAACUCUGGCCCGCAUUCGAAAAGUCGUUCGGCAAGAAGUCUAGUUCGCAAGAAUCUUCAGAAAGCGACGCAAGCGAACUCAAGGUCGCAAUCGAUUACCAAACUCGAUCAAGCCUGUUGAGACAGAAUAUGCAGGUCGCUGAGGUUUGCGAUACACGUCUCCUCACAAGACCCGGUGCUCCUCGCAAACGUCAUAUCGCACUGAAGCUUCCGACUGGACUUACCUACAAAACUGGAGACUAUCUCGCUGUCUUGCCUCACAAUCCUAUUGAAAACGUUCGCCGAGUCUUGAAGAGGUUCGGUCUCCCCUGGGAUGCUACACUGAAGAUCGAAGAAGGCUCGGCAACAUCCCUUCCCACUGGUAUUGCAAUCCCUGUUUACGACAUUCUGUCUGGCAUGGUUGAGCUUGCGCAACCAGCUACAUCUCGUGCAGUCCAGAUCAUCGCAAAGACAAUUCCGGACAAGGAGAAGUCCGAGGAGCUUGCGAGUCGCGCUGGCGACGAGAGCUUCCAGAAGAAUAACAUCAGCGUUUUGGAUGUCCUCGAACAGUACCCGAUGGCUGAGUUCAGUAUUGGACAGUUUCUCGGAGCUGUCCCUCCGAUGCGAGUGCGUCAAUACAGCAUCUCGUCUUCACCCUUAGAAAAGGAGAACGUCGCUACCUUGACAUGGUCAGUGAUAGAUGCUCCUGCCAAGGGUGGAGUGAAAGGCCAUCGCUUCGAGGGUGUGUCUAGUAACUUCCUCGAGCGACUGUCUGUCGGAGACCACGUUCAGAUCAGUCACCGAGCAAGUCGUACAGGCUUUGGUCUACCCAAGGAUGAUGAGUCCCAUCUACUCAUGGCAUGUGCUGGCACCGGUCUCGCCCCAUUCCGCGCUUUCGUUGCCGAACGCGCGUUGAAGAAAACGGCAGGUAAGAAGGUCGGUAAAGCUAUGCUUUUCUAUGGUCUGAAUGCUCCGGACGAAGACGACAUGUACCGCGAGGAAUUUGAUGCAUGGGAGAAGGAAGGCGUAGUCGAUGUACGCCGAGCCUUCACUCAUGCAUCUGACCAGUCUCACGGGUGCAAGUUUGUACAAGAGAGACUCUGGCACGAUCGUGAAGACGCUGUCGAGAUGUUCAGACAAGAUGCUAAGCUGUAUCUUUGCGGCGCUGGUGUCGUAGGAAAUGGCAUUGCCGAAACGAUGAAGAUGAUCAGGAUGGACUUGAAGGGAGACGGCGAGGAAGAAGCUACUGAAUUCGUGGCAAAUCUGAAGGGCGAGCGUUAUUGGGCAGAUGUGUUUUCUUAG